AUGUUGGCAAGGCUGCUGCUGCGAGAAUUGGACCGACAGAGUCUCCUCCACUGCACUCUCAGUAUCAUCCUGUUCAUCAACAUCGGCAUAUUCAUUUUAACCUGUAUCAGACAUAUCUACGUGACCGGAAAGUUUCCAAAGCACUUGCAACGGGCAGGUAUACACAGCACCAGCAACCUCGCCGACCAAUUCGACGCCAAGUAUGGCCAGGACCAAGAAGGCACCACGAAAAGACCGAUUGUGAUCAAAGCACUGUACAUCCACCCCAUCAAGUCCUGCGCCCCUAUCGAGCUGGAGCGGGCGCAACUCGUCAAGACAGGCUUUGCAUAUGACAGGUGUUUUGCGCUGGCGGUCGAAGUGAAGAAGGACGAGUGGCAGUUCAUCAGUCAACGGACCAAACCUCAAAUGUCGCUCGUUAAGCAGCAGCUGUGGUUUCCAGGGCCGGGCAGUAAACGAAACGACAUGCUCGUCGAAUCAGGGGGCUGUCUCACCGUGAGCUUCCCUGACCCGGAUCCCCCCAAUAUUCCCCAGCGAUUAAAAGCCAUGUUGGAGACAUGGUCAUUGUCUGCAAAGCCCGAGGUCCACUUCACGGUGCCACUACUCCCAACGGCUGAACAUAUCAGACAAAUGAAGAUCCCGAUGAGGCCCUUCACAAUCCAUAGCCGCCAGGCAGUGGGGCUUGAUCUCGGCCAGCUCCCUGGUGUAGCGGGCGCGAUACCCAAGCUGAAGAGGUUUCUCCAUAUACCUGAGCGCCAGAGCCUGUCCCUGAUGAGGUGCACACCGGACACUCUGGUGCGUACAACCAGAAACCUAGCUCCACUAGAUCACAUUGGCACCCCUGCCAUGCAUGGCUACACUGACCAGCAACCCGUCCACAUCAUCAAUUUGUCUUCGGUGCACUCGGUCUCAAAGCUUCUCCCGCCAGAGAACCAGCCGCUCAGCGCGCUCCGAUUCCGCGCAAACAUCUAUUUGACCGGCACCCCUGCAUUCUCCGAGGAAACGUGGAAGAGGUACCAGAUUUUGCCAAAGACCGUAACCUCUCGAGCAUCUACAAGGGCGGCUAGCACUUUAUCCGUAGUGUGCCGGACGUCGCGCUGCACCAUGCCCAACGUCGAUCCGAACACAGGGAUCUUCGAGCACGACAAUUCACGUCCGGAUCGGAAGAAAGGAGUGCCGCAACCUAGUACGACGUUGAUCGAGCAUCGUACGGUCGAAGAUGGGAACCCUGCCGCGCUGGGAUACCUAGGGAUGCAUUGCGUGCCCGAGGAUUCAUGUCUCCAGGAGGCGCGCGAUCGCGGCAGCGAGCUGUUUGUCGAGGUCGGCGACGAGAUUGAGGUCCUGGAAACGGGGUCUCAUCUUUACGGGUCUACUGGGAAUGACUAUUGA